AUGGGUCGUCUAGUCUACGUGCGUGAGGACCGUGAGGCUGAGCCUCGGUUUAUUGGAGCAACGGGCGGAAAUCGCGGCGGCUUCGGCGGCGGCGGCGGCGGUAUGCCCGGCCAUUUCAACCCUGCAUAUGGCGGUGGUGCUCCCGGCGGUGGUGCUCCCGGUGGCGGCGGCCGCCAGAUCUAUGUGGCCAACCUUCCCUUCAACGUAGGCUGGCAGGAUCUCAAAGACUUGUUUCGUCAAGCUGCUCGAACCGGUGCCGUAAUUCGAGCCGACGUCCAUAUCGGACCUGAUGGCCGCCCUAAGGGAUCUGGUAUCGUUGUCUUCGAGAGCCCCGACGAUGCUCGCAACGCUAUUGGACAGUUCAAUGGCUACGAUUGGCAAGGCCGUGUCAUCGAGGUUCGCGAGGACCGCUACGCCGGUAGUGGACCCGGUAUGGGUUUCGGUGGUCGGGGUGGCUUUGGCGGUGGCAUGCGCGGAGGAUUUGGUGGAGGAUUCGCUGGCCGCGGCGGUUUUGGCGGCGGACGUGGUGGUUUUGGAGGUGGCUUCGGCCGCGGAGGAUUCGGCGGAGGUGCCCCUGGGGGACCCGGCUUCGAGCCCCCUGCUAGCUCCGUCCCUCCUAACCCUUUCACUGAUUACGCCACCGCCGGCAGUGACAGAGGAGAGAUCAUCUAUGUUCGCAACCUGCCCUGGUCGACUAGCAACGAUGACUUGGUCGAGCUAUUCACCACCAUUGGAAAGGUCGAGCAAGCCGAGAUCCAGUACGAGCCCAGCGGCCGCUCCCGCGGUACUGGCGUCGUUCGCUUCGACUCAGCUGAGACCGCUGAGACUGCCAUUACUAAGUUCCAGGGGUAUCAAUACGGCGGUCGCCCUCUCAAUUUGAGUUUCGUGAAGUAUCUCAACCAAGGCGGAAACGACGUCAUGGACACAGAUCCUCAUGGCGGCCUGACUCAGGAUCAGAUCAUGUAAGAGGGGUCGUGAUCAUGUAUACUGAACUUGGGUUUCAUACAGCAAUAUUCUGUCGGUCAUGACCAAUGUUCUGCCUGGGGGGAACCCCCUGGCAUCUUUUCCUUUUAUCUUUGCUUUUUUCUUUUCUGAUACUUUUCGUUUUUCACAUGAGCAGCAAAAGCUGGAGGAUAUCGGCGGUGGAUUCUUGAUGCACGGGUACGCGGUCGAUCACUAUUGAGGAUGAAUCGACGCCUUAUCCUCUAAUAUUCCGAGGAACUCAGUGUGGCAGGGAUCUUAUUACGGGCUUACCAAACAGCACCGACUUGUCUCACUCUCACGCCUCAAUCAAGGCGAGCGGUUAUAAGGACAAGGUUGCGAUUGUGUCAAUGGAGGAAGGGAUAACUGCUCGGGCUGGCAGUCGCAUAGGAGACUGCACGGCUCUACUUAGAAUGUAUCUCGAGUAAUCAUCCGAAGGUUUUUAAG